AUGGCACUUUUUCGUCUUCUCCAUUUGCCAUCAUGUCCCACAAACUUCUUCCGCUUCCACCAGAACCUUUCCUCAGCUUCAUCACAACCCUCCACUCACAAACCUCCCACACUCAACGCCGCUCUCUCUUUUCCCUCUCUUUCAUUCAAACUCCCAUUUAAGUCUCAAAGAUUCAAUCUUUUUGAGUUCCAAGCCCCUUUUUCAACCCGAGUCCAACCCAUUACUCAAAAUUCAGAAAAUGCAGAAAAAGAUAACCAAGAAGAAGAAGAAGAUGACGAUAAAGGAGAAGAAGAAGAAUUCUCUAAAACCAGAAAUUUAGCUCAGAAUGUUCCAUGGACCUCCACUGUAGAUGAUCUUCGUCCUCUCUUUGAGAAAUAUGGUACUGUUGUGGACAUUGAGUUGUCAAUGUAUAACAAGACCAGAAACAGGGGUUUGGCAUUUGUUAGAAUGGCAUCACAUGAGGAAGCUUUGGCUGCUUUCAGGAAUCUCGAAUCGUAUGUAAGCAUAUUUGAUAAAUCUGGGUUGUUUCUGGACAUUGUAUUUUUCAUGGGAUUAUGUAAAAUUCUGGUUAUGUUAUGA